ACACUCACUUCGCGCGCCAUCUUUCUCUGAACAACAAGCCGUAAAAAUUAUUGUGUAAAGCCAUAGCAGCUUCUUUCUGUCAAGCUAUUUGAUAUUAUUUGCUAUACUGAACAAUGAGUGACAUUGAGGAUGAGAACUAUGAAAGACGGGGGUCACUCUCCCAAUCUAAAUCGGAUCGUGGGAGCCCAGUUCGGGUCAAGUCAGAGAGCAGGUCCGGUUCCCCAAGCCAGUCACGAGCCUCCAAACACUCCGAGUCCAGAUCCCACUCUCGGUCAAAAUCUAGAUCUCGUUCUAGGCGGCACUCUAAUCAACGCUGUAGCCAUUCACGCUCUCAUUCCUAUUCCCAUCGGAGGAAGUCCCGCUCUCAAUCUUACAGCCCUGAAGAUCGGCGCAGGAGGAGCCAUAGCACUUCACCUAUGUCGAACCGGCGCCACCACACUGGCAGCAGGAGCCAUGACUUCACAAAAGAAGGAUACAGUCAUGGUGGUGAUGCUGAUGUUAGGGCAAACCCGGACCCAAGCACAUGUCUAGGGGUGUUUGGUUUGAGCCUGUACACCACAGAGCGCGACCUGAGGGAGGUGUUUUCUCGCUAUGGUCCUCUGGCUGGGGUCAAUGUUGUGUACGACCAGCGCACAGGUCGCUCCCGUGGCUUUGCCUUUGUUUACUUUGAGAGACUUGAGGAUUCCAAAGAGGCAAUGGAGCGAGCCAACGGCAUGGAGCUGGAUGGUAGGCGCAUCCGAGUAGAUUAUUCUAUUACCAAACGUCCCCAUACUCCAACACCAGGAAUCUACAUGGGCCGACCAACCCACAGCAAUGGUGGUGGUGGUGGUGGUGGUGGUGGUGGUGGUGGCGGCGGCAACAACAGCAGGAGGGGGAGGGACUCGUACUAUGAGCGCAGUUAUGACCGCUAUGACAGAUAUGACGAUUAUGACUAUAGAUAUAGUCGCAGGCGCUCUCCAUCACCCUACUACAGUCGCUACAGGUCUCGCUCACGGUCCCGUUCCUACAGCCCACGACGAUACUAAGCUGUUUCCUUCAACAUUCAGCUUCUCUCCAAUAAUUGGUGUUUGAUUCAUCAAGAUGUUUUCAGGGGGAGACAUUUUGAACUAGCCAGACUAUAUCAGCUCAUAGGUUUGAGGCAGUUCUUGUUUACAUGCAAAUAGAGGUAUAAAAUUUUAGGAAUUUUUGAUGCAUCCACAUUGUGAGCAAAGAACUGCUGAUUACUGUUGCCUUUUUCUUAGACAGGCGUCUUUCCUUUCUCUUAAUUUUCUGCAGCAGUGAAACCUUUUUUCUGUUAAUGCCAUUAUUAGACUGUUAAUCUGGUCCUUGUAAUGACGAGGAAUGAAAACUGGGUUUUAGUAAAGAAUGGUGACACUUAAUUCUGUAUGUAAGUAAAGAUAACAUGAUUGUCAGUGGUACCUCACUGAGUUUACUGGUAAGUAGCAAGUAAAAUGAGGCUGUCAAAUGAAGUGUUACUAUGAGAUCAAUGGUUGGUUCUCUGCUCACAUUCACUCUUAUUUUUUAUGUCAAGGAAGUUGUUUUGAGUUUCUGCUGAGUUUUAUUAUUGUGUAUUUUUAUUAUUUCUUUAUAUGGAAAUACAGAUGUAUGAAAACUAAAGUUUGUAUGUUUUUCUGACUUGAUGUGCAUGAAAUUGAAGUUGAUCUUUGGUUGUAAAGUUAGGAGUUAAGCUGUAAGUUGAGUGGGUGAGGUGGGAAGACAGAAUUUCACAGAACAAGACCAGUGCCAAGUAGUUGUGCAUGAUAAGUUUAUGUUGAUACUAAUUUAAAGUAGUUGAUCUGAAGCUAGUCUUUGAAAUCACCAUAUAGUCUCAGAGUCCAGUUUUCUUCUUUUUCUGGGCUACAUGAAUGAUAACAUUCAAAAAGGAAUUUAUCCAGUUUUUAUUUGAUGACUUUUCAUUGCCUACGAUACAACAUUCACAUUUAACACAAACAAAAACAAACUUUCAGAGUAUUCUGUAACUGGUUUAGAAGCAUUCCCAAUAUGUGUUCAAAGGAAAAACAAGAGCUUGUUUUACUCAAAAUGAUUUUUGAAUGCAUGUUACAGUAAUAUUUAUGGCACUAUGAUGUACUCCAAUACUAAAUUCAUCAUAUGUUUGCUUUUACAUUAUGAAAAAGUGACAGAACACAGCUGUUUGUUCUGUGUAACAGAAGUGAUAUUCUUGCAUUAGACAAAACUUUGCGGAUUGCAUCAAUAGUCAGUUUUUGUCCCAGAGAGAGAGAUAGGUAUAGAUAUCUGACACAGUGGUGCAAGCAAGGAACUGAGUGGCUAAUCACACCAGUAAACGUGAAGGAAUGGAGGACUUUUUGUCUGUAGACCUCAGCCCUACCCAUAAGGAACUUCAUUCAAAUGGAAUCAGUAAUAAUUGCUGACAUGUCAUUGGGCCCCUCAGAAUUGUGCAUUCAUUCAUACUGACUCAAAGAUGAUUCUUAAGGUUCCAAUGUAACCAUUAGCUGGAAGAAUACAAGGGUCAAAGUAUGAGGUCUCUUCCAAUAAAGACAACACUGUGCUCUAUAGUGGCAUGCCUGUGGUAUACAGACAUGCCACUUAUAUGUCACCUUUGAUUUUUACAUUAAGUGAACUUUAAUCACCAGCACUCAUUCCUGUACCUUAGCCAGUAUAGAUUUGGGUAAAGAAAUGAUAAAAUAUUAUUCUUUGAAGUGCAUUUUCAUUGCAAAGAUCAGGUGCACAGAUUAAAGAAAAUGUUAAAAUACUUGA